AUGAAGAUUGUUCCCAUUGUCUUCCUUGCCAUCUCGACAGGGGCCUUUGUUCUGCCCCAGAAUAUGUUCCAGCCAUUCCAGCCUUCAUUCGAUAGUAUCAAUAACGAGAUCGACCAACCCACUACUACAACUCUACCAAUCACCUACCGCAAAUGCUACAAGCUAACACACAUCGACCGCGGCGAGAUCAAACGUUUCAUCCCUCACGGCGGUCACGGCGGUCACGGCGGAUUCUUCUGGGAACCACUCUUAUUCGACGAAGACACCCCUCCAAGAACAUUCCAAGUAUGCGGAGACUACAAAUCCGGUUGCCCAUCCCCCGAGGGCAACGUAACCGAUGGCGGGUCUUUCUAUCUCAACUGGCUUUCCAAAGAAUGGGGACCACUUGUGCUUAAGGCGAAUCGAGAUAAGUCUUGGUAUCUCUGGCCUAACGAGAACAGCGAAAAUAAAGAUCCGCUGGUCCCGUUCAAGUUCCAGGCUGUAAAGGAUGACGGUGACAAGAAGGGGUUUCUGCGUAUUCGCGGUAACAAUACGCAUGGGUUCAAUGGGCUUGCUAUUGUUAAGGAAUACAAUCGGAAUGCCCUUUGGAAUACGAAGGGGGAUGGGUUCAUGAAGUUUAGGUUUGAUGAGGUUGAAUGUAAGGGUGAUGAGACUCAGCAUUUGGAUGGUGAGGAGCAUGGGGAGUUGUAA